AUGCAGAUAAGCAUUUGAUAUGCUCUCUAGCAAAUUGUUUGUUUGCACACUUGCCAUUUUCGGUCAUACCGACUGACUCCGAAAAGUCGGACUACCAUUCAGCAAGCCAUCAUCAACGGAGUCACCGAACAGAUAGCUCUUAUGACUUCUGGUACCAGUGACCCUCCUGGGCCUCUUCGUUGUUGUCUAACAUAUAAAGAUGGUGUUAUGCCAGAUGGCUUCACACUAUGUAAGCCAAUACCUACUUUAGUCAUACACUUAUAUAGUAGACGUUAGUAUCACUUUCUCAAUUGAGUGGCCAAUACUCAAUAUGAAUCAGCAUCAGACUUUGACUGCGGCGGACACUUUCUCGUGGCUGCCGAAUGACCAAGCAGCAAUGAGUCCUUCCCAAACGGCCGGGGUGGACAAUGAAGACUGGACCCAGAUUGCCGACCUGACUCUUCGGAGGCGAAUACAGAAUCGGAUUGCUCAGCGUAACUACCGCAACAAGCUCAAGAGGCGACUACAGGACCUAGAGUCAUCGGCUGCCAAUGGAUGCGCAAAGCCAGAACAGACAGCAAAAAGAUAUGACGAAAUGUCUUCUACGAAAAUCCGCAAGAAGAGGGUUACUCAAAAACAUGUGUCUACACUUCAGUCUAUGCCAAUUUUGAAGUAUGGAAUGGAUGGACUAUUGUGCCCUCAAGCCCACAAUAACAGGGACCAGUCAUAUCAUUCUCUGUUCCCGUCUUUCUGGACAGGUGUUUCGCCUGAUCAGAUCAACUCACUGCCUUACGAAUUCGUGCAGUAUUAUUCAGCCCCGACAAUGACUGGAGCGUACUUUGGCUUCGCAGAUAUGGCUUCUCCUAGCGCACUAUCUACACCUCCAAGCGGGCCAGAAUGACAACAACAUACGAACGAGGACGCUGCCAGCUAAUGAAAGAGAUGGGUCAAAUUUGCUCGAUAAUCAUGUUGUGGAUAGUCAGCAAGUAUUACCAUUAUCAGAAAGAAGAGACAAAAUGAUGGAGUAUAGAUUUCUUAGUUGAGCCGAUGAUGGUUUGUGUCCAGGCAUUUUCAGGCAGCAUCAAUAGCAUUUUUAUGAAUCACC